CCCGCACUCUCUUGAUGUCCCAGAGUGAGUCGAUUAUAAAAGCAACGUUUUUUUCCGCCUCCAGUUGCCAAGACCUUCGCUCGCCGUCUCAGAGCUGCCUGCAGUUUCAUUUGCGUCUGUGUCCCCCUUCUAGUUCCCAACAUGCGUCGCACUUUCGCCUUCGUCUUGCUCGUGGCUGCUCUGGCAGUGGCCUUCGCAGCUCCUGCCCCUGCAGAGGAAAAGAAAGAAGAAGAAAUCGAAGGCAGGACCAGACAUGGUCGUUUACCCCACCGCGGUCGUGGCUCCAAAAAGGGUGGCGGCUUCGGUGGUCCCGGAGGCUUUGGCGGAGGCCCAGGUUUUGGCGGUGGUUUCGGGCCUGGCGGGGGAGGUGGCCAGUACGGCAGUGCCUUCAACCAGGGCGGCAGCUUCCAGACGGGCGCUCAGGGUGACCGGUAUGGCCAAGGUGGCUUCAACUACAAUGUCGGUGGUUCGAAGAGACGUGAAUAUGGCAACGUGCAGACGUAUGGUGACCGCGAGACAUUUGGCCUUAGCCAAAAUGAGGGUGCCCACCGGGCCACGGGGCAGUCCAGCCAUGGUAACGAGUACAAGAACCAGGAGCAUGGAUCCGGAGGCGAGCAGCACAGCUCUGGAUUCUCCGGCUGAGCCAAUCUGUCUAGGCGUGCUGGAUGUACACGGACCGCAGGUCACCAUCUCUUCACACCUGUCCCCCGGAAGGUCCCACAUGAGAUUAUUACGUUGCAUGAAAUCAGAGAAUGAAUAUGUGCCGAAGGAAGAGUGAACGAGAAGAAAGAAAUGAGUUGAAAGAUGUCGAAAGCACAGACAGCCCUGCGCUUUCAUAAAACACGGCGCAUUGAAAGUUGCUUCCGAGAAACAAUACGUUGCUACACAUAAAUGCCCAGAAAUAUAUAUAUAUAUAUAUAUAUAUAUAUAUAUAUAUAUAUAUAUACUUCCCUUCUACCACUACAGCUAUUCAGCUGUUCCAAUAAAUAUAUUUAUUUUCUUCA